UUGUUUGACAUUUUGAAUGACCUGAAGCUAGGUUUUAAUGUCACCGCUGUCAUCAAAUGACAAUUGACAUUGAUUUUGAUAGUUCUAGACCCGAAUUAUUGACGUUUGAAAUGUUUUACGUGGUGGAAAUGAAUUUAAUUGAAAUUUAUUUCAAAUCUGUGUGAAAAUCAGUUGUUGAAUAAUAGUUGUGUCGUUUGUAACAUCAUUGUUAUUUCACAAUGAACGAAAAUAAAAGCGCUCUAGUGGAGCGCAUAAUAAAAGAUUUAAAUAAUGUCCUCAUGAGACCUGGAUUGACUGACUUCGACAUAGUGCCGGUGGAGUCGAAUAAAAACAAGUCUCCAGUAUUGUAUGAAGAUACCUCCGUGGGUCUGGAGUCCUGGUGUGUGAAGAUGGUGUACAUGCACUGUUAUAAUGAGUUAAUGGAGAAUUACUUGAGUCACCCUAAGCGGAGGCUCAGCAAACCAUCAAAUGUUAACCAAAAGAGGCUCUCUGACCUACUAAAUACUACACUUCUCUUGAAUCCCGAUAUAACCACACUGUGGAACAAGAGAAGGGAAAUGAUGGAGAAGAACUUUCUAGAAUGGGUGUCAGAGUUACAGUUUGCAAGAUUAGUGAUAUCACGGAAGCCAAAAUGUAAUGAGGCUUUUAUGUAUCGACGGUGGAUUCUGGAAGAUGUCUUACGAGAGGAAGUAAUGCACCCAUAUCAAUUUAUUGAUGCAUUAGUUGAAGAAGAAAUAAGUAUUUGUACAAUGGCUGCUGACAAAUGUCCCAACAACUACCACUGCUGGGACCAUCGCAGGUGGCUGCUAGUUCUCCUAUGGAGUAUAAGAUUCGACUUUGAUAGCACUCUUCUCUUCUAUAAUGAAUACAAGUUUAUUAAAGACUGGACAGCUAAUCACGUGUCAGAUCACAGCUGCUACCAUUACCGUCAGUUUGUCUUAAAGAAAUUGUACCACUUUGACGAGAGAUGGAAUGAGUUUGAACAGCUAAUGAAUGUUGACCUUCGCAAAAAUCUUGCCAACUUCAUCAAUGCUCAUGUAGAAAGCGAUCCCAGUGCAAAGCUAUGCAAGAUCAUUAAACACUGCCUGGAAGACUAUGAAAUUGUUGUUGCCCUAUUGGGCCAUUGUCCUGGCAACUGCAAAUGUUACUCUCCGUACUCUGUAACAUACAAAAAGCUGGAGCUUUUGUUAUAUGAACUAGUUCAAAGCGAUGAUUUACUAAAGUACUACAAGUACCAUGAGACACUUUGGUACCACCGAAGAUUUAUUGUAAGUGAAUUACUACUGACCAUUUACAACCAUCUGCAUAUAGAGAGGAAUAAUGGUAAGCUAGAACGGGUUCGGGGACCAACUAAGGUUGGUGAGUGCCAUGGCAGAUGUCGCAAGUGUCAUGACGAAGAUCUGAGAGAGCAUCUGGGUAAAACUGAGAAGUAUGGUGUUGAAUGGAUAUACCACAGUCCGUUGAACAAAAUAUUCGUCAAACAUGAGAAGGAGUUUAUAAAGGACAGGCGGAAAGAUUCGGACAAGUAUGCUGACCGCCAUGACAGCUACAUGAAAGCAAAAGCCACUUUUCGUACAAAGAGGGAGCGAGCAAUUAUCACUACUCUUGCGGAAUGCGGUUUGCAGAUUAACGAAUAUUAAUUUCAGAUUUCGCGAAGCCGUUCCUUUAAACUACACUACCUACCAUUAGUAAUACUAUUACCUACUAUUAUACCUACUGGACUGUCAAAGAAUGUAAUUAAUAUGACUUUUUCAAACAGAAACUUGUAUAUUUAGUAAUAAUCUUAGCACCUAUUUGCGAUCUCUACGUUGAUCGUGUACUGUCAGACUCAAUUUUCAGAUUUGUAAUAUUCUAUUUGUAUAAUUCAAGCUUAACCGAUAGUUUAAGGUGACAAAUAAAUAAGCAUGUUUCCUUCUCACCUUUUACCUACAAACGAGUUGUGAUAUCUUGAAAUUGGGUUCUGUCACAUCAAUUUGUAUAUAAAAACAGUGGGCACUGAAAAAAUCAAAGUUGUGGUAUCUAGAUUUUCUUUGAAACUGUGUUCAGGUCCAUUUGUGGACUUCCAAUUUCUACAACUGUUGUCUACCAGAAUUUUCAUCUUUAUAUGUCGUACUCUUAAAAUAUUUACAUGUCACACGCGAUAGUUACAUUUUUUUUUCAG